GAGGAAGCCACGCCCCGGCCGGGCGUGCGCCUUUUCUGACAACCAGGGCCUCCCAACCCUUACCCCCAACCCUCGCGGGGCUGUCACCAGAAUCACCACGCGUCCUGCAGACUGCAGCCUCGACCCGGGAGGGAGACAGCGACAUGGCGGCGGCCAAGCCCGAGAACCUCUCUCUGGUGGUGCACGGACCCGGAGACCUGCGCCUGGAGAACUAUCCGAUCCCUGAACCAGGACCAAAUGAAGUGCUGCUGAGGAUGCAUUCCGUUGGAAUCUGCGGCUCAGAUGUCCACUACUGGCAGCAUGGUCGAAUUGGGGAUUUUAUUGUGAAGAAGCCAAUGGUGCUGGGGCAUGAAGCUUCAGGAACAGUUGUAAAAGUGGGAUCAUUGGUAAAGCACCUAAAGCCAGGGGAUCGUGUUGCCAUCGAGCCAGGUGCUCUGCGAGAAAUGGAUGAAUUCUGCAAGAUUGGCCGAUACAAUCUGUCGCCAUCCAUCUUCUUCUGUGCCACGCCCCCUGAUGACGGGAACCUCUGCCGGUUCUAUAAGCACAACGCUGACUUCUGCUACAAGCUUCCUGACAAUGUCACCUUCGAGGAAGGGGCCCUGAUUGAGCCACUGUCUGUGGGGAUCCAUGCCUGCCGGCGAGCUGGAAUCACCCUGGGGAACAAGGUCUUUGUGUGUGGAGCUGGGCCAAUUGGACUGGUCACUUUGAUCGUGGCCAAGGCAAUGGGUGCAGCCCAAGUGGUGGUGACUGAUCUGUCUGCCACUCGGUUGUCUAAAGCCAAGGAAGUUGGGGCUGAUUUCGUCCUCCAGAUAUCCAAGGAGAGCCCUAAAGAAAUUGCCAGUAAAGUGGAAGAUCUGCUGGGGUGCAAGCCAGAAGUUACCAUCGAGUGCUCGGGGGUGGAGCUGUCCAUCCAGGCGGGCAUCUAUGCCACUCGUUCUGGUGGGACCCUGGUGCUCGUAGGACUGGGCUCUGAGAUGACCACUGUGCCCCUCGUGCACGCAGCCACCCGGGAGGUGGAUAUCAAGGGCGUGUUUCGAUAUUGCAACACGUGGCCGAUGGCGAUUUCAAUGCUUGCAUCCAAGUCUGUGAAUGUAAAGCCCUUAGUCACCCAUAGGUUUCCUCUGGAGAAAGCUCUGGAAGCCUUUGAAACAUCCAGAAAGGGAUUGGGGUUGAAAGUCAUGCUUAAGUGUGACCCCAAUGACCAGAAUCCCUAAUAUUAAUUGGGCUCUGCCCUCACCAUUUCCGCCCCACCCCCCACCCCCCAGUAUCUCCAGGCAGGGAUGGGCUUUGAAUACAGAAGUUUCUUUUGAGUAAUGAAAACAAUUCAUUAUAAGCAGAAAGCCUUACAUGGAGGAAUUGGUGUGCCUUAAAAACACAAGUAGGGGCAGUUUGGGGGAAUUUGCAGCCAGAAUGACCUGUUCAUGCAGAGCAAAGUUCAGCAAGUAGAGCAGAGUUUGGUGUAGGUACUGGGAACUCCCCUUCUUCCUGGAGCGCCUGAGUUGAGUAAGGAAAGAAAUCUGCCCAUUGGGUUCCUGGUUCCACUACGACUGGCCAGGUGGGGAUGGGAGCUGAGUUAUGAAGAGAUAACUUUAUCAAGACUUAACUGGCCCAGAAAUUGAUUUUCAUGAAAAUCUCAGCUCAGGGUCUGGGAUGAAGCGUUCUCAGCAGUUUUAUAGUUUAGAGCACAGUGUUUCUAGACAUAAGUGCUAUUUGGUUUGAUGAUAAAAGACUUUAAAGGGAC